UUUACUUUUGUUUUUCAAAAUGGGGGAAAAUCUAAACACGGAAAUAAGCGACGAUGUUAUUGCGGAGGCAGAAAAUGGCUCAGCUAAGCAUCAGCUUCAGCUUGCCUUACAUUACCUCAAGCUAGCAGAGUUGAACAUCAGUAGAGAAGAGAAUGGAUGCAAGUCUGUAAGAUGGCUCAUUGCUGCAUCCAAGCAGGGAAAUGUGGAGGCAACUGCGUCAUUAAAACAUUGUGCAGAAACAAAUCUUGGUAUGGAUGAAAAAAAUAAAGCUGAUGUGAAAUGGUGUAUAAAUACAUCAGCAUCUGAAAAGAAAAUAAGAUAUGCUGCAAAGUCUUUAUUUGCAAAGUUGAAUGCUGCACAUAAAACGUCCCUAUCAAAAGAUGAGUACGUUGAGGCCAUUAAUACUCUUACCACAGGCAAUGAAAAGGAAAAAAAGCUUUUACUUGCUGCAGGAAGAAAAAUAGGAAACACUAUUACUGAAAAUGAAUUUAUUAAGACACUGUCAAAGAAAAUUCAUGGUACCUUAACUCUGACUUCAGUUGAAUCAGAUGAAAGAUCUGCUGCUUACGAUUCAUCAAGUGCGUUAACAAAGGUCUUGAAAUAUCCCAGACAAACAGCCUUGCUGAUAUUUGACGCAGUCCUGGAGUACUCCAGCAAAGAGGGCCUCAAUAUAAUUCUGUCUCUGAUUCCUACCAAUCAGAUUUAUCUGCUGCUGAUGCUGUUUGCUUACAGCUUUUUAACACCAUCAUUUUUUCUCUUCAUUGUUCCACUGCUGGUUUUUUACAUCUCAUUGUUGAUCAUGAUUAUUUCUACAUUACAGAUGUUUUAUAAGAAACGCAAACAAAAAGAAGCCACAACCCUGGUGAGCUUACUGCAAGAACAGUUUGAUGUUGACAUUGAUGUAGAGAGCACUGAAUCCCAAUACUCCUGGAACACACUAACCCCUUAUUUUGUUUACUUUACUGCUUUACCAAUAAUGGUAGCUUCUUUCUCAUUAGCAAACAAAAGUUAUAUUCCCUGUGGUGAAUUAUUUAUUAUCAGUCUCAUCAUGACAGGAUUUUGCUUCCUUGGGCUAAGUGAUAGCUAUGAUAUCCCAACUUUGCUUGCAUUGGCUGCACAUGUUUUUGCAUCACUUCCUGUUUUUUUACAACAUGUUCCCAAAAUCCCUGUGAUUUCUGCUGUACUUGGCUGUAUUGCCAAUCCUUUUCUUUCUGUGGAUUUAGGGUUAAAUAUUUCUUUUAAUUUAGGUUUACCAUCCAUCGUGCAAAUGAUAAUUCCUGUCAUACUAUUUGGCAUGGCCAUGCGUAACUCUUGGUCAGGAAUUUACAAAAUUUUAGUACCCCAUCUUGUUUGUUAUUUUUGGUUCAGUGUUUCAAUUACUACUUUUCCUUUAACUACGUGGACAGGCUUAGCUAGAGCCACGGUUGGGUAUUUAUUACUGCCUGUAGUUGUCCCGUUAAGUGUUUUCAUGUUUGUGAUUGGAUUUUUUUAUGGUGGUUACAAAUUAUUACAGACCGAUGUAGUUGGUAAACUUUUAAUUACUGUUGUUUUAUUUGCAAUUCCGUUACUGUUAACUCAAUCAAAAUCAUUGAUGAGCAAGAAAGACAAAAAUGUUUCCCCAAAAUCGGAAAAAUUUAAGAAAAUUCUUAUGAUAAGCUUUGCAGUUUUGGGAGUAGUUCCCCUUCUUUUUGUACGUCUGCCUUCUGUGUCAGAGAAAAAAACUUUGGAGCUCACCUGGGAUGAUUAUAAAAGCUUGUGCAUACCAAAGGGAGAUAUUUGGGCCCCCUAUCAAAUCCGUUGCCGAGAUUUCAUUGGUAUUAAAAUACACUGGAAAGGAACAGUUGAUCAAGUCAAAGUAACUAAGGUAGAAAAUACAGCAGAGAAUGUCAUUAAAUCUUUGCCUUCUGUAUUCUCAGAUCCCCUUUACUGUAUUUAUGGGGAAAAAAUUCCUGAUUGCGAUGAAGAAACAAUGUCAGAAAUUUCUUUUAAACACUGCCAGCUAGUUAAAUCAACAGGGCGUACCUGUCAUUUAAGCAAUCAAAAUCAGGCAGUCUUUACACUUAGUGUUAGAAUAGAGGAAACAUUACUAAACCUAGAAGCUGGUUAUAAUUUUCAUGGCAGACUGUUGGCUUUGCAGCCUGGGGAUGAUGUUGAUUUUUCAGGCAUUCUGUCUGAUGUUGGCACCUUAAGCCCACAACUCAAGUUGAAAUCAUUAAACUGCACAAGCCGAGAGCUGCCAGUCAUGAUGGGAAUUGAGAAUGACUUGGAUGAUAAAACUCUCUUCAUGCUUUUAAAUGAAGCUUUGGCUCUGGCGUUUAAUUUUGGAUUUUUUCCAGUUUUGACCUACACUCCGUAAAAUGGACAGUUUGUCAAAUUAGUUAAGCUUGUUGUUGUUUUUACUAUAAUUGAAAGAAAUGCUACAUAAAUAUACUCUAAAUAAUAUAAUUAAAAAUGUAUCUGUAAAUAUGUAAUGUUUUAAAAUAUAAGCAAAUAUUUUCAUAUUUUUCUUUAAAGGUAUUAAAAAUGACGGUGGGUUUUUUUAGAAAGUUUUUUUAAAGUUUGUUUUGUCUUUACAGCUUAGUCUUUCACUUUAAGUACAUUGUAUGCCAUUUGUGCUAUUUUAUCAUUGUUAUUUGUUGACAUUGAGGUUAAAAAAAUUAAUUUUUUAUUUACAAGUUAUAUGUUAUCAACUUCUAUUUAUGGUUUCUACAAUUUUUCUUUUAAAUUUUCCUCACACAUUUAACUUGGCACUUAGGGAGUAGAACAAAAAAUGGAGGUGAAUUGAACAGGUGAGGUUGUUAGACCACACUAAACCAAACCUCAAAUUUGAUUUUGUAAUAAAAUGACAAUAAAACUCAUCUAAAUUUCAAUCUGAAAGAUAUUGUUUCUCACUCUCAGAUGUUUCUUUUUAAAAACUGAGUGACAUGAACAGUUUUAUUACUUUACUUUAUACAAGCUUUCUUACAUGUAAAUACAUUUAAAAUCCAGUGAAUAUUUUUAAUGUGAAAUGUAUUUUAUUUUUGUGAUGUGUACAUUUUACUAAAAUACUCUCUAAAUCCCCAAUUUUAUUUGUAACUUGUGAACAAAAAUUGUGACUCUAACCUUUUUGUUUUAUUUUUAUACCUUUUUUCUGGCAUUCAACUCUGAAUGAUUUAUUUAAAAACUAACACAAUAAAACUUGGGUACUGGUACUAAAAAUGUUUGGUAGUGAGCCUAUUAAACAAACAACUGAUAAUCUUUAUUGCUAUG